CGCCAACACCAGCUGCAGCUGAUACCCCAGAUGUCAAAAUCUAUCACCUGCCAGCUCCCAUAAGUGUCCGCCUCCAAAAAAGUGGUUGAAUAAAAAAUUAAUAACCAUUUUACACACCUAGAAGACAUCAUGCACAUAAUCACAAAUAACCAGUGCGUAGAAUGACGUGUUUAAUCGAUUAUAAACAUCCAGACAGUUCGAUGUGGCUCGAUCCAAAUAUCUGAUAAAUUUCGCAGUAUCAGUCUCAUAACCUAGCCCAUUUCCAUAUGAAUCUUUAUUCACCAAGUGAAAUAAUUCCUGGAUCAUCCCCACGGAUCCACAAAAUCACCAUAAAAAAUUUCAUACAGAUCACCGAGACACGAGAGUGAUGAAUGAUUAAUAUUCAAUCGACAGCUAUUCCAAAUAAUUAAAUCACUGUGAUGAGUGACUCAGAACAACGCCAGUUGCACGUGCCUUACCGUGAAUAUCACAGUCAAAGUCUGAAUAAUACGAGGAACCAGGUUGCCCUGGUGGAGACUGAUGCCCUAGUGGAUUUAUCGACAUCGAGUCAAGUUAAUCAAACGUCUGGAGUUAAUCCAGCUUUAUUUGUACAGUCUAAUAUCAACGAUUUGGAAUUAACAGUACCAGAUAUCGAGUUUGCACCCAAUUGUGGUAUCGACACAGCAAUCAUUGAUUCACCUGGAAUUGACCGGGAGAGUCAGCCUCUCCUUGGUCGACUCGAGCUUGACGUUACGUUCAAUAGAUUUCCAGAUGAUCCUCAGUUCUCGGAGCUGGUCUGGCAGGCUGAGUGUGCCAUCGACAAUGGCAUCUACCCAGAGAGAAUAUAUCAGGGUUCCAGUGGAAGUUAUUUUGUGAAAAAUAACGCGGGUAAAAUAAUAGCGGUCUUCAAACCCAAAGAUGAGGAGCCUUAUGGCAGAUUGAAUCCCAAAUGGACCAAGUGGAUGCACAAAUUGUGCUGUCCCUGUUGUUUUGGUCGUAGCUGUUUAAUUCCAAAUCAGGGUUAUCUGAGUGAAGCUGGGGCGAGUCUAGUCGAUCGUAAAUUGGGUCUGGGUAUUGUUCCAAAUACACGAGUUGUCAAGCUUGUCAGUAAGACGUUCAAUUAUCCUCGCAUAGACAGGCAAAAGGCGAGGAUGAAGCAGGUGAUAAUGGACCAAUUUCCGGCUGUUGGUUCUCAAUUCAAGAGACUGGGACUUCCUCCCAAGAUAGGAUCAUUCCAGCUGUUCAUGGACAGCUACAAAGACGCUGACUACUGGCUCAGGAGGUGGGAGAACGAUCCACUACCCACGAGACUAGCCAGGGACUUUCAGCUGCAGUUUGAGAGGCUUGUCAUUCUCGAUUACAUAAUCAGGAACACAGACAGGGGUAAUGACAACUGGUUGAUACAGUAUGAUCCAGCUGUUGCUAAAAACUCACUCGAGGUAGCUGAGGUGCACAUCGCUGCUAUCGACAAUGGCCUGGCUUUUCCGUUCAAGCAUCCUGACUCCUGGAGGGCAUAUCCUUAUCACUGGGCAUGGCUCAGUCAAGCUAAAUUGCCAUUCAGCGAAACCACCAGGGAACUCGUCUUGCCACAGCUCUCUGAUCAGAAUUUCGUACAAGAUCUCUGUGAUGACCUGUAUCAGCUGUUCAAGCAAGACAAGGGCUUCGACAAACAUUACUUCGACAGGCAAAUGAGUGUGAUGAGAGGGCAAAUAUUGAAUCUACAACAGGCACUCAAAGACGCCAAGAGUCCAGUGCAACUGGUGCAAAUGCCCGCUGUUAUCGUAGAAAAAGCGAAAGGCAAUGGAACGCCAAAAUUAUUCUCCUUUUCUGAUACAUUCACUCAGCGCUUCCAGAACAAAAGCCCCUUCUUCUCUUGGUGUUGAAUCACCCCCUGACCAAUGGAACAAUUAUAAAUAUAACACAAUACUUACUAAUGAAACAGUCAUAAUACAGUUGAAAGUUGAAUGACGAGAUGAAUACAAGCAGAUGGUAAAAUUAUUUGUAAUACGACUUUAAUGAUAAUGCCCUCUUCUUCCUACUCCCCCAUUAUCUAAGUGAGUUUAUUGUUUUAAAUAUUAAUUUUCAAUUGGGACUGAUAAAUUCUGUGGUGUAAAAAUUGUAUACAUGUUGAACAAAUGCCUAUUCACUCGAUGGGAUUAUACACGGAAUAUAGAUAUUUGUAUACAAAUUGAAUAAUGAGAAGGACACAAACAAAACAAGUAGAAUCCUGAUACAGAAAUAUGUAUUUUUUCAGUCACAUGUACUAUUGUAGAAUUGUUUGUGCCAAUUAUUAUUAUUGUUACAGUUAUUACCAGCAUUUGAAUAAAUAUUUAAAGAUGA